CCAUCCAAAAACCACCCACCAACUGUUUCUCCAUCGGUUUCACACCAACAUUUCUUCUCUUUUUUUUUUUUAACAUCAUUUUUCAAGUGCCACACUCGCAUGUACAUCACUCGGGCUUAUGCUUUGACACACCACCUCCCGGCGAGUGGAGGAGUUGAUAAUCCCAGGAGAAUAAACUUACAAUUGGAUGAACCGAGGAUGCGAGACAAUUCGCGUCGACAUGAUCGCAAUGGUGUACCACGGAUAAUGUUGGUUGCCAUUGUGCCCUUCAUUCUGGUCCUCUCAUCGAGCCAAGCUGAUCCUAUAUCGAGGACAGCAGGUAGAUGUCCGGUCCUGACGGAGCUGAGCUCAUGUCCAGCCCGUGCACCUCCAUGCUCCAGUGAUUUUGAGUGCUCAAGUCCAUCAGAGAGAUGCUGCGAGACUGUUUGUGGUCUCAGAUGUGUCCUGGGGGAACGAACGGGCUGCGAGCAAUUGGCCAUAGCCGCUGUUCCUCAUGGACCCGGACAAUUUGUUCCGCAGUGCAACAAUAUCACUGGCGAAUUCGAGAGGAUCCAGUGCGAGGCCAAUGAAAAAAAUUGCUGGUGUGUUGAUGAGUUUGGCAGCCAAGUCUCCGGCACAAGAGCACCCGCUAGGGAUUUCAUCGACUGUGACAAUCCGAGAGGCUGUCAGGCGCAUUCUUGUCGUAUGCUGUGUCCUCUGGGAUUCGAGAUGGACGAAAUAAGUGGCUGUCCAAAGUGUGAAUGCCGAGAUCCAUGCAAGCAAGUGACAUGUCCAGGAACGGGUCAGACGUGCGAACUGAUAAAUGCACCAUGUGCUCGUCCCCCCUGUCCUCCAAUACCUAGUUGUCGGAAGGCUAAAUCAUUGGGAACAAUUUGUCCAGCGGGCGAGCCACUACAGAUCACAGACUCGGCGAGACCCUUCCUCUGUGGUGACACACCAGGCAAACCAAAUUGUCCACCGCUUUAUCGUUGCCUGGUCCAGCCAAAUGCUGAAUACGGAGUCUGUUGUCCAUCGAGUCUGCGACUAGAGCGUCCAGGGACAUGUCCAAGGAUUCAAGCGCCUGCUAACUGUAGCUCUCCCUGCCAGCACGACUUGGAUUGUCCAGGUCCCCAGAAAUGCUGCUCCAGCGAUCACUGCGGUGGUAGAGUCUGUUCAUAUGCCACGGGUUUGAGCUCCUGCAGGAAGAAUCGAAUGUCCGCCGAACUCCUCAGCAUCUCCGAGAGAGAGGGAAGGGGAUACAUACCCCAGUGUACAGAUAAUGGAGGAUAUGAGCCCCGCCAGUGCUCGAGGAACGGUCUCGUUUGCUGGUGCGUUGAUACCGAUGGUAAGAAAAUAUCUGGGACUAUGGGACCUGCGGAAAAUGUCACCUGCAAGGAGGUGAAACCCAGGGCUAGGGCCCUCGAUGCCUCCUGUCCUCUGCAACAAUGUGCCCAGAUCUGUCAGUAUGGAUUCAAGACUGAUGACAGAGGAUGCAACACCUGCGAGUGCGAUGAUCCCUGUCAGGGAUACACUUGUCCAGACGGCGAGGAGUGCACCCUCUUCCGGGAGACAGGAUGUCCGGAUUUUCUGUGUCUGACACGUCCGACUUGUCGACCAAAAAAGACAUAUAAAAAUCCCUGCACAAUUGGGGGUCCGCUCUCAGAUGAGAACGGCACAGUAACCUUUUGCUCUGGAAGCUCCGAGUGCCCGGAACACCACACCUGCACUCAAAUUCCAUUCUCUUCCUCCUCCGUCUGUUGCUCCAACCCUACGGCCACGACUUCCCAACGCCCUCUGACAAUGUGCGAAUAUUUGCGAAAUUUCGCAGAGCGCAUGGAGGGCACGCGUUCAGGCAUGACCCUAGCCCUUCCCCCACCCGAUUGCCUCCCAGACGGUUCCUACAGCCCUCUUCAAUGUUCCAAUUCGACUUGCCACUGUGUCAAUCCUCAUGGUGUUCCAAUUCUCCGCAACGUCACCCCACAAUCUCAAAACUGCACCAAAAUUCGUGCUAUAAUCUCGGAAACUUGCCGGGAGGGAGAGUCCCCUAAUUGUCCUGCAAGCUGUCUGUAUGGGUUUGAGGUGAACGAAACAGGCUGUGCAGAUACAUGUGUCUGUCGUGAUCCAUGUGCAGAAGUGACAUGCAACAGCCGAGAAGUCUGCACAAUGGUCGAUGUAAACUGUGGAGAAGGUCACAGCUGUCCACAAGUGCCGGCUUGCCUACCCCUGACAAAAUCAGGCCAGUGUCCAUAUCUGAUUCCGAGUUCGUCAAGUUGCGAGGUACACUGCAGCACAGACCACGAGUGUUCGGAGUCAGAAAAGUGCUGUUCAACGGGCUGUGGCACUCAAUGCGUCACACCAGUAGUGGCAACAGGCUGCCAGCACGCGAGGACACUAGCUGAACAUGCAGCAAGGGAAUCGGGUGAGCCAGCUCGAAGGCUCUAUAUCCCAAAAUGCGAUGACAAGGGUAGAUUCGAGGCUAUUCAAUGCCACCUAGACACAUGCUGGUGUGUCGAUGAGAAGGGGCGAGAGGUUGCUGGAACACGCGUUCCCAAUGGUCUUCCACCAAUUUGCAGCACUCCGCUCCUCUGUCCAGACAUAAAGUGCAGUCUGAACUGCACCGAGGGCUUAGAGCUCGACCUCUCGGGUUGUCCCAUAUGCAGCUGCAGAGACCCAUGCAGAUUGGUCAGCUGCAGGGCACCCAAUGAGGCAUGCAGAAUGGUCGAGGUGGCAUGCAGCGCACCUCCCUGUCCACCUGUUCCUGUUUGCCUACCCAAGAAGGAAAACCCCUGUCCCAAUGGGGCACCCCUAAUCACCCAGGAGGGAACACCUGCCAUUUGCGGACCUCACGGCCAUCACUGCCCAUCCACCCACAAAUGUGAGCUCUCACCACUCGAUGAAUAUGCACUUUGUUGUCCCAAACCACGGGACGUAUGCUUUGAACCACCCAAAUUCAUCGACUGCGCUGGACAGGCAACUCUGUCUCUGUCCUUCAAUGACACUCAAAGAUGGUUUUUUGAUCCUGAGAAGAACGAGUGCAGACCCAAGUCUGGUUGCUCUCUUGGCCACAAUGACUUCUCCAGUAAACUCGUUUGUGAUGACGUCUGCCCUGUCCUGACACCUUGUGAACUCCAGAGGGAAAGAAAUGUCAGGAACUCACUGAGAAUUAAACAGUCAUCGUUUCUACCAAGGUGUAAUCCUGAUACAGGGGCUUGGGAGCCUGUACAGUGUCUAGACCAUGUGGGGGUGUGUUGGUGUGUUGAUAAAAAAGGAAUUGCGUUGAAGGGCUCUUUGGUCAGAGGAAAGGAGCCAAAAUGUAAUUUCAGACAGGCGAGGAAGGGGAGAGGGCCCUUCGAGGGGGCUGAGACCGUUGAGAUCGACAGCUGGAUUGAUCCUGAGUUCAAGGUUUACAUGAAUAAUGUGGAGCGUGCUAUUAGGAGGAUCUUCACCACAAGGUGUGAAGCCAUGAGGGAGAGGGGACAUGUGCCAACAACUUGUGAUCAAGAGGGACAAUUCGAACCAACCCAGUGCGCUGGGGAGACGUGCUGGUGUGUUGAUGAAGCUGGCAAUCAGGUCAUUGACUCUGAACCCUUCUACAGGGACUCCAUAAUUUGUCAGGUAACUCCUGUUGAAGCUGUCGAGGUGACUCUGAGGUUUCCUGGCCAUUUUGUAAGUGAUGAUGGCAGUCAGUUCACUGUUGCUGUCAGUGAUUUACUCAGUGAUCUCGGGGCUGAGGUGAGGGAUGGAAUCGCUGUGGAACUUGAUUUGGAUUCGGCUAUCGUUGGAUUUGAAAUCACCGGAAGGAAUAAAAUUGAUGUGGCUUUUCAUCUUGAAGAACUCACCAGGAACAGGAGUCUUGCUGUUCUGGGGACAACCGCUGAUGCCACUACAUCCCGAUUUGUUCACAGGCCUGUUGUUAAAUCAGGAGCGAGGGAGGACAAUGUGAUGGCCCUCAAGCAGAAAGAGGUCGGCCAAGCUAAACUCGCGGUAUUUGGAGCUACUACGGUUGUUUUUGGAGUUGCAGCUGUUUUUAUUGUUGGGAGUAUCGCUGCACUUGGUGGAAUUUAUAGGAAUAAGGUGAAAACUAGAUACUGCACCCCGCAAACAUCAGCUAAUCAUGAAGAAUCAUUAGCCAGCAGCGAAAACCCUGUCUAUAUAAUCUCCAGUCUCGAGAAGGAGAAAAACUCCGUCGACUCCGGCAGACAAAUAGAGGAAACUAUUCAGAGCAUCCAGAUUAAGCACAUCACCGAUGCUUAAAACAUUUCAUAUCAUUUUUUUAACUUCUCUCUUUCUCUCUCGUGUAAAGAAACGUAUCAACUGUUCAAUAACAAUUUUCGUACUCGAAUCAUUAUUGAUUAAAGCUCGGCGUAGAUGAUUAUGUGUGCGUGUGUAAUUCAUCGAUUAUUCGGUAGGGAAAUAGUGAAACGUAAUUAUCAGAGAAGAUAACAGAUAUGAAAAUCUGUAAUUUUCUCUCAACGAUUUUAUUGAUUUCUGAAAAAAGUCACAUUUUGUAAACUUGUGCAACUCUAGUAUUUCAUGAUUUUAAUUUUUCUUUGGAAACAACAAAUUUGUGAACUUUCCAAUUGUUUCGCGUUAAAUGGAGAGGUGAAUAUCCUAGUGAACUCUACCUCCUCAUUUUCCUUCAGGGCAAAACCAUCCAUUAAUUCCCAAUGAUUCAUUCCUCAUUUUGAGUUAAACCAUUACUCGGAUUAAUAUAUCAUCCAGACGCUUGGCUAGUAAAUGAGUAUGACGAAUUAACUGUCAAAUGUGAUACUUCAGUCAGUUAAAUCCGAGAUAAUCGCCGAACAAUUGUCCCACCCCUUCAUCCAAGUAUUUAUUUAUUUAUUUUGUAGAUUUUUUAAUUUUUUAUGUUUUAUUCACAUGUUUGACGGUCUUUUGAAGCCCACGAGUUGGAGAUUUUUAUCGCAACUCUCGGUGCUGUCAAAAAUCUGUCGAAUGUCAUUUUGUAGACGCGUAUCGUGUACCCACAAAUAUUAAAACAAAGUGAUAAAAAGUAAUCAAGUGAAAAAUCAUAUUCGUUGAUAAUCUAUUUUUUUCCUUUGAUUCAUUGUUAGUUGAUUGUAGUCUCAAUUAUUUAUUGCAGAAGUGUAACGAACAUACAAUAAACAUCUUAAUGGUUAUUUGAAAUAAA